GAAGAAGAAGCAGCAGCAGCUCCAUCUGAGUGAUGGUGAAUUCCCUUCUCCAAAACCUCAACAGCCGGGUGGCACGUCAGGGGGCAGAAGUGAGAGCUCCAGAGCAUCUGCCACAGUGAGUGAGGGCAGUGGGCUGCCAGCCCUGGCUGCCAAGGGGAGCUGCAAUCCCUGCCCCGGUUGCCGAGUGCUCUGCUCCCUGUGGGGACCAGGCCUGGUGUGGCCAGGGCACACACAGAGAUUUCAGGGGCACGAGUGCCAGUAGUGUCCAGUGGCUUUGGGCUGAUCCCUUUGGUCCCUGCUCUCUCCUGGCCAUGGCCUGAGCCACCUGGGUUGGCCCUGGCACAGGGCUCUCCUCGGGUCCCCGCAGAUCCAGAUCUGACCGUGGCUCUGUUCCUCUCUCUUGCAGCCCUUGAUGACAAGGCACAGGAAAUCAGCCCUGCCAUCAGAAGGCUGGCUCUGGAAACAGCCUUUGUCCUCUGGGCAGUAGAGACAGCUCCAGGCUCCCCCAACAGCUCCAUCUUGCAGAAGCAGCAAGAUCAGUUCCGCAGGGCACGCAAGAAUCGCCCUUGUCUGUGGGACCGUGGCUGGCUGUGCUGCUGGAGCUCUGAGGAGAGCUGAUUUGAGAGGCUCUCUGUCUGCCAGGGCCACCUGAGCUGGAGCGGGGGUGGGAGGUGGUUCUUUCCUUUAAGAUUGUUUUUUCCUUCUUUUUAAUUUUUCCUUUCUUCUUUAGGAUGUAAAUAUAGAAUGUGCUGUUAUACCCAGACUCCCAGGAGCUUUUUCUUUUUAACUUUAACCAAGUUAAACUCACACCCCUAAGAAAGUUUAACCAGACCUCUGUAGUUCUAUCAUUUUGAAAACAAAGAUCAGUUCAUCCUAGUAGUGCAUUUGGGUCACAGUAAGGAUUCUGGGAAGGAUCUGAUAGCUCCAUGUCAGCUGGCAUAGACUGUACUGUUGAGAGCAUGGGGAUGUCUCUGCAGAGAAAUGCACUGAAGUUUAUAGAGCAGAACGGCAGGGGGUCAGUGAGAGUGGGAGGAAGCCGGUCUCUCUGCCCACAGUACUGGCAGGGGCUGGUGGACAGAGGGGACAGAGGAACGGAGCGCUGCUUGCCUCCAUCCUCACAGCCCCUCUAGUUAGACAGUGUGCCUCAAAUGGAGCAUGGGUUUGUCAUUCCCAUCUAGGACAGGGAAUGAAGAAAAGAAGAAAACUCAUUUUUCAGGGUUGGUUAAAAACUUAUGGCUACUUACUUCCAUCUGACAGCCAGAUGUCUCCUUUGCAGUCAGGAAAAGCUGUGCAGUCUGCAGUUGCCACUAUGCAACAGUUUUAUGGAAUCCCAGUAACAGGAGUUUUGGACCAGACAACUAUUGAAUGGAUGAAGAAGCCUCGAUGUGGAGUUCCAGAUCAUCCUCACCUACGUCGCAGCCGGAGGAAAAAGCGGUAUGCACUCACUGGCCAGAAGUGGAGACAGAAGCACAUAACCUACAGUGUACACAACUACACCCCCAAGGUUGGCGAGAUUGAUACAAGGAGAGCCAUUCGUCAGGCUUUUGAUGUUUGGCAGAGAGUGACACCACUUACCUUUGAAGAGGUCCCUUACCAUGAAAUUAAAAAUGACAGAAAGGAGGCAGAUAUUAUGAUAUUUUUUGCUUCUGGUUUCCAUGGAGACAGUUCUCCCUUUGAUGGAGAAGGUGGAUUCCUGGCUCACGCUUACUUUCCUGGACCUGGAAUUGGAGGAGACACUCACUUUGACUCAGAUGAGCCAUGGACCCUGGGAAAUUCCAAUCAUGAUGGGAACGAUCUCUUCCUGGUCGCAGUCCACGAGCUGGGGCAUGCCCUGGGUCUGGAACACUCCAACGAUCCCAGUGCUAUCAUGGCUCCUUUCUACCAGUACAUGGAAACACACAACUUCAAACUGCCCCAGGAUGACCUCCAAGGAAUUCAGAAAAUCUAUGGUCCUCCUAUAGAGCCCCUGGAGCCAACCAGGCCUUUACCAACUCUUCCUGUUCGCAGAAUUCACUCCACUUCGGAAAGAAAACACGAGAGACAUCCACGACCUCCCAGUCCUCCUCUGGGUGAUAGGCCAGCUCUCCCUGGCUCCAAACCAAACAUCUGUGAUGGCAACUUUAACACUGUGGCUCUCUUUAGAGGAGAAAUGUUUGUUUUCAAGGAUCGCUGGUUCUGGCGUCUGCGCAACAACCGUGUGCAGGAGGGUUAUCCCAUGCAGAUUGAGCAGUUCUGGAAGGGCCUCCCUGCAAAGAUCGACGCAGCCUAUGAACGCUCUGAUGGCAAAUUCGUUUUCUUCAAAGGAGAUAAAUACUGGGUUUUUAAGGAAGUGACAGCAGAGCCAGGCUACCCUCACAGCCUGGUGGAGCUGGGGAGCUGCCUGCCCCGGGAGGGCAUCGACACCGCGCUGCGCUGGGAGCCCGUGGGCAAAACCUACUUCUUCAAAGGGGACAGGUACUGGAGGUACAACGAGGACAAGAGAGCAACGGACCCAGGAUACCCAAAGCCCAUCACCGUGUGGAGAGGAAUCCCUCAGGCUCCUCAGGGGGCUUUCAUCAGCAAGGAAGGCUUUUACACCUACUUUUACAAAGGGAAGGAGUACUGGAAGUUCGAUAACCAGAGACUGAGUGUGGAGCCAGGCUAUCCCAGGUCGAUCCUCAAGGACUGGAUGGGCUGUAACCAGAAGGAUGUUGAGCGGAGCAAGGACCGGCGCCUCCCGCAUGAUGACGUGGAUAUCAUGGUGACAAUAAAUGACAUGCCCAGCACUGUCAAUGCCAUCGCAGUGGUGAUCCCCUGCAUCCUGUCUCUGUGUAUCCUUGUCCUGGUAUACACAAUCUUCCAGUUUAAAAACAAAGAGGUGCAGCAAAAUGUUGUGUACUACAAAAGACCUGUCCAGGAAUGGGUAUGA